UUAAAAGAAAAACGUCUAUUAGAAAUAAGUCUCACCCAGUUUGAGGAAGGAGCACUUAAUUUAAUGAAUCUAGAACUGACAGUGGACGACCAAGUAGAACUCCUUCCAUAUGAUAAAAGAUUCAAAUUUCCCAGAGAAAAUAUAAAAUUAGACAAACAAUUAGGAAGUGGAGCAUUUGGAGUUGUGUUUAAGGCUGUAGCCUAUGAAUUACUUGCUAAAAAGUCUACUACAAUUGUAGCUGUAAAAACAGUUCACAGAAAUGCAGAUCUUAUGUCUCUUAGUGCUUUGGCAAGAGAGCUGAAAAUUAUGAAUUAUUUGGGACCACACUUGAAUAUCAUAAGUCUUCUGGGCGCUUGUACUAAGAAUAUAGCCAAACGUAAACUUUUAGUAAUUAUUGAGCUUUGCAGAUUUGGAAACCUAGAAAGUUACCUCUUGUGUCAUCGAAAACAUUUUAUUAAUCAAAUUGAACCAACUACAGGUAAAAUCGACCAUUCUAUUGGAAAACGAUUAAAGAGGGCAGAACUCAAGAUUUCUGACAAUUGUAGUCUGGUCUUGAGCAAUAGACUUCCAAAUAAUGAGUCCAGUAUUUAUUGUACAGAGGAUCAGACAUUCAUUGGCCCAAUGAAAUCUGGUGAUGAUUUUAUCAAUGAUGAUAUUCAGUCAGACUGGCGUUCUAGUUACAAAAGGGACUAUGUGGCAAACGGCAUGGAAUAUCUUUCAAAAAAAAAGGUACUGCAUUGUGACUUGGCUGCAAGAAAUAUACUAUUGGGGGAAAAUAACAUUAUCAAGAUCUGUGACUUUGGUUUGGCCAAGACAUUGUACAAAGACGAAAACUACAAAAAGCAAUGCGUUGGAAAGUUGCCUGUAAAGUGGAUGGCCACUGAGUCCAUCAGAGACGGGGUAUUUUUAACUAUGUCGGAUAUGUGGUCAUUUGGUGUAGUUCUAUGGGAACUUUUCACCCUCGCAGACAUACCUUAUUCAGAUAUAGAGUUUGAGGAGAUGUUUAAGAAAUUAAUCAAGGGUUACGAUAUAAUGCUACAUUGCUGGGAGGAAGAGCCGAUGUCAAGACCAUCUUUUACAAUGCUGGUCGAAAGCAUUGGAAAGAUGUUACAGAAUGAUAUCAAAACUUAUUUUCAAAGACUCUAUCAUGAAUAUGAAAAUUUUAACAGGGAAGGCCAGUUUAAAACAAAAGAUAACUCAGGCACAUCAUUAUUACCAGAUUACACCACAAUUCCGCUCAUACGGCAAAACUACGUAAACACCUUGCCUCCAAUUAAAAAUCCAUCCUACAUAAACGUGCUUAAUAGCGUCACUGUAGUUGAACUACAUGAAAACACAACUUUUGAUCCUAGAGUAGGUUACAUCAUGCGGGAUACAGAAGUGAUUUUCGAUACGAUAUUUACUUGCGAAGUCAUUCAAAGACAUUCAUCAUACACAGUCAAAUCAAAAGUUAUUUUUACUGAACAUGAUAAGUGUGUAAAUCUACCAGAAAUAAUCGUGGAUGGUCCACAACAUAUCACUACAGGCUCAAGAUUAAGUUUUAAAUGUCUCGUCGAAGUCAGAAGAGAAGCCACGUACAACAUUUCUUGGAAAGUUCCGCAGAAUUCGACUUCCAGGAUAAUUCCAAUUAACACGAAAGAAGUCGUGAAAAAGUAUAUAAAAAAGAAUAUAAUAACAUCAGAGCUUAUUUUCGACAAUGCAACAGUUGGUGAUACAGGAAAUUAUGAAUGUCAAGUGACAUCAUCGUUUAAUGAAAGAAAAAGUUCGGCUGUAUACAUCUGUGUAUAUGAUUCCAACAAUCCUUACAUCAAUCUGACGUCUGUUGAGAAAAAAGUAACCAGAUUACGCGGUGAAUCUGUAACUUUUGUGGCUAACGUCUCUGCAUGUCCAAAACCUAUUUUAAAGUGGGUGGACAAUUAUGGUGGUAAUUUUUAUUCUCUAGCACGUCAAGGCAACUUAAUAUCCAGAACCCACAGCAAUACAGCACGUAGCUUACGCAUCGAUAAUAUCUCAAUCGUUAAUGAUGGAAUUUAUACACUAACAGCUAAAAGCAUUGCGGGAACAAAGAACAUAACGUUUCAUCUUAAAGUUCUUGAUGAGCCCAGUGUAAGGUUUAAUCGCAGCCAUCUUAAAAAAUACUAUAGCUUUAACCAGACUGCGAUGUUUGUUUGCCUUGUCAAGAGUAAUGUUGAAUUUAAUAUAUCAUGGAGCUAUAUGAGUAAGCCCAGCCAGUUUCAAUAUAUUGAUAAAACAUCUGAGUUACAGUAUUUAAGGGAUACAAAAAUAAAUAAACAAAGUAACAGAGCUGAAUAUAAGUCAAUAGUUACGAUAAGACCCCAAGAAAAGUCAACAAUCAAAUGCACGGCUUGCAAUAGUUAUGGAUGUAACAAUGAUGAGUAUGAUAUUUAUAUUACAGACGGUGUUUCCAAUAAGGCUUAUGGAGUUAUACAGCCAAACACAAAGUAUCGUGAAGGUCAAAAUAUUUCUUUGAUAUGUUACGCUGUCAUUCACGAAUAUUCUGAGGUAUAUUGGCGUGAUAACACAUACAAAAAAGUUAUGGAUUCUGAAAGGAUACAUGUUAUAUUUGAAGAAAAUAACUAUGCACAUCGUGCCGUUAUGUCCAUUAAUAAUUUAAGUUAUUUGGAUGAAAAAAAUUAUUAUUGUUCAGCAAAAAAAUCGUGUUAUGAGGAAAAUUCAGAGAAAUAUUUUCUUAAAAUAAAUGUUCCAGCUCACUUUGUUCGUGGGAAUAUGAAUGACGUUGCAAUAACACGAUUAGCAAAUGACCCAAAAAAUCCUAUUCGUUUAGCAUGUCACUUUGAAGGCAUACCAACUCCUAACAUUACGUGGUUCAAAGACGGUACAUCAUUAAAUACAUCGAAUCAGUUUACUUUCGAGGACAGAAAUCAAAAAUUAAUAAUAAGAUAUUUGUUGGAAAACGAUAGUGGUAAUUAUUCGUGUGUUGCAGAGAAUGGCUUCGGGCCAGUUACAAAAUCUCAAUGUUACGGGGGUAACAUAAUGCUAUCGUACGUAACAACAUUUAAAAAAUAUGUCGUUAUAAUUGGUAUCUCCAGUUCUACAAUAAAUGUACUAAAUAACUCAAUUUUUCUCAAGAAAAAAAGUCAUAGUCUGUUCAAAGAAAAAAAACUGUUAGAAGCUGGUUUUACGCAUUUCGAAGAAGGAGCAAUUGAUUUGAUAAGCCCAGAGCUUAUGAUAGACGAUCAAGCAGAUCUUCUACCAUACGACAAAAGAUGGGAGAUUUCCAGAGAGAACGUGAGAUUAGGUAAAGAGUUAGGAAGUGGAGCUUUUGGAGUCGUGUAUAAAGCAGAAGCACAUGGAAUUAUUGCUGAAAAGUCUAUUUCAACUGUGGCUGUAAAAACGAUUCGAAAAAAUGCAGAUCUCAUGUAUAUAAGUACACUGGCAAAGGAGCUCAAAAUUAUGAUUUAUCUAGGACAACACUUAAAUGUCAUAAACCUUUUGGGUGCUUGCACCAAAAAUAUAGCAAAACGUGAACUUUUGGUAAUCGUUGAGUUCUGCAGAUUCGGAAACUUACGAAGCUAUCUACUGUGCCAUCGAAAAAAUUUUAUCAAUCAAAUUGAUUCAAAUACGGGUAAUAUAAAUCCACGUAUAGAAAACACUGUUGAAAGGUAUUUUUCACUUAUAUUGUUGGAAAACAGAACAAGAUACGAGAUUUCUGACGAUUCAAGGACGGCUUCAUGUGAGAGUCCAAACAAUAAGCCCAUGUCAAGUGGCUCAAUUGUGGCCAAUGAUGACUUUAGCGACGAUGACACCCAACCAGACUGGCGUUCUAAUUACCAAGGGGACUACACAGAUGAAAAUUUUGCGUAUCUCUGCACUGAGGAUCUUUUGAUAUGGGCUUAUCAAGUAGCAAAUGGCAUGGAGUACCUUACCCGAAGAAAGGUUCUGCACUGUGAUUUGGCAGCAAGAAAUAUAUUACUAGCAGAGAACAACAUUGUCAAAAUUUGCGACUUCGGACUGGCAAAGACAUUGUAUAAAGACCAAAACUAUAAAAAGCAACACGAAGGAAAGUUUCCUGUGAAGUGGAUGCCUAUUGAGUCCAUCAGAGAUGGAGUAUUUUCCACUAUGUCAGAUGUAUGGUCAUUUGGUGUAGUUUUAUGGGAAUUUUUCACCCUAGCCGAAAUACCUUACUCACGUAUGGGGUUCGAGAAGAUGUAUCAGAAAUUAAUUAAGGGCUACAGAUUGGGUCAGCCGGCUUAUGCUACGAAAGACAUUUACAACAUUAUGCUUCAUUGCUGGGAGGAAGAGCCAACAUCGAGACCGUCUUUCACAAUACUGGUGGAAAGCAUUGGAAAACUUUUACAAGAUAACGCCAAAACGCAUUUUUUAAGACUUUAUCAUGGGUAUGAAAAUUUUAACAGGAAAGGCCAGCUUAAAACAAAAGAAGAUAACUUACUUACCACGUCAUUACCAGAUGAUAUAACGAUUCCAUUAAUCCGGCAAAACUAUAUAAACACCCUCCCUAAAAUCGCAACGCCAUCCUACGAAAACGUGCACAAUGACGUCACUGCAGCUGAUACUAAGAAUAUUUGA